AAUUUUGUAUAGUUUAAUUCAAAUUUUCAAUCUCAGCUAUACAUACUAUUUGUUUGUUUUUUGUUUUUCACACCAAUUCGUGCAUUUAACUCAUUUAAACGAGCCAAUGUCAGCAGAGUCAAUCGAGGCGCAGCCAGUCUGCAAGGCCCCAGGUAUGCCCAUCUGUGAGCCGGAGGAGACGAGAUCCAUAGUAGAAGUUUUGGGCAAUUUGAACAUAGCGCCAGCCGAACCUGUCAAGACCUUACUUUGUGGCCGUGUACAUAAGGCCAAUGAGGUGGACGAGGAGGCGGAGGAACUAAGUCUAGAGCAGUCAACGGCAGUCGAUGAGGAGCUGAAGUUGGAGGACAUCAAAGACGAACUAGAGAAGAAUAGGGCGCGCGUUGAUCUCAUCGGCCAGAGGCUGUCGUUGAGCAUACCCGAUUGCCCCGAGCUGGAUGCCUGCAUGGACAUGCAGUUGGAGCUGAAUAAGGACGUCAUGCAUCCAGAGAUUCUCAAGCUGCAUCGCAACAAUAGCCAGUUACGCCAACAGCUGAGCCAGCUGCAGCGCAGCUGUAAGGCCGUCGAUUUGUCGCUGCAGUAUAUGCACAAUAGCCUCUGCCGAGACUUGGAGGCGGGCGCAGCAAUGCAGCGCCGCCUGAACGAGCUGGACUCCUUCAAGCGCACAGCAGAGCACGAACAGGCGCUCUGUCGACAGCGCUAUCGUCAUCUGGAGCAGGACAAGUUCGACUGGAACGAUUGUAUCGCCUACAUCAGCAAAAGGCGUAUGGAGUUGCAGCCUUUGCUAAAGAAGUUUGUGCGCCGAACUGAGUAUGGACAGCCAAGACACGAUGCCAUCGAGCUGCUCAAUCAAGCCAAAUUGGAGGCCAAGGAAUUGCACGACUAUCUGGCCGAGAACAUGUGCAAGCUGAGCCAGCGGGUGGGCCAGUGUGGGCGCCUGGGUGCCGAAAUAGGCAAUGAUCGGCGAAUGGCCAUGGAGAUAGCCGCGUUUUUGCAACGCAACGAGCACCUCUUUAACAGAGCAACGCAUUAAACCAAAAUCUGUCCGAGAUUGUUCAAUUUGUCAGAGGCAGUAAAGUUGGGUGUGGCAAGCGCCAUAAGGCGACAACAGAGACCACCCAAAGCUCGGCAGCA